AUGGAUGAGAAGAUGAAGACUGUGGAUGUGGUGUGGGAACUGAUUGAUGUGAUGGUGGACUUCUAUGAUCCAGUGGAGGAUGAGGACCCUGACUUCAGAUACACGUACAAGGAACAUCUACAAGGCAAUGCUGCAGAUAAAGGCAAGGGAAAGGCGCAGGGAGAGGGAGAUGAUGGCAUUGGAGGAGGUCAUUGCAGUGGUGGGACACCGAAACCAUUCCCACACUCGCUUGUAGUGCUCAGCCACGCGAUCCUACCUUCCAGGAUUGGAAAGGAUUUGCACACUCCACACAUUUCUACAGCACUCCCUCCAAAAGACACUCAUUUUGCUAAUUCUUCUGAUAUGGCUGCCUCCACAUCAGUCAUUUCGCUUGUCCCCUUUGCUAGGGACCAUGGCUACAUAUAUCUACCAGGAGUUCCUACCAGCUUCCGUCCUGAAGCAUCCUGGUACAUCCUGCCCUCAUCUGCCCCCUCUCAGCACAUCCAGCUUGGACAGCAUGUUCUUUUUGUCAGUAUGACCUCCAGGAGGACGUUCUUUGGUCACCUCAGGUCUGUCAUUCGCUUGGAAAGGUCUUAUGUGGUUGUUUCAGUCUCUCCAGUCCAAGAAGCAUAUGGAUCCUUCCUCCCUGCCCCCUGCAAUGUCUUCAUACCAGUCUGGUCCAUCAUUCUUCCAAAAUUGCAACAGCUACAGUAUAAUCUACUGUUCUCCACUCUCCCUGAUCGCAUCCAUGAUGAGUAUGAUGCACAUCUUGCCUCCUUGUUGCAAGAUACAGCAGAAGAUGCUCCCCCUUCAUCCUCUCUUCCAACAGAGCCUCAUUCAUGA